AGAAAUAACGAAUGCGCGCGAGAGAGUCGCUGGCUCCGAGGAAAACGCUCUAGGAGUUUGGAGGGUGCCUGGUAGUGGUGAGCGUGCGCGGCGGGAGAGGAGCCUAUAUACAUCGGCCCGAAAGCGUCGAAGAACGGGGCGGGGAACCCCGCUCGGGUCGAGAAGAAGGAUGCAAGCCGUCGUGCAUUGGAUGCUCUCCGUCCUCUUAGCGGGACUCGCCGAGUGCUUGGAGUACGAGACGCUCUGGGGACCAAAGAACCCGCACUCAAAAUGCUACGACGCCGUAGGAUACCACCCGUGUAGAGUGGCGGCAGCAGGUUCGAGGUGGCACUUCGACAUGCACACCAAGAACUGCCUAAAGAGCCAGUUCUGCGCCGAGGACAACAAUAACUUCCACACUAAGACAGAGUGCGAAUACGCCUGUCCAGCUUAUUCAUUCUGUCUAUUCGACAAAGCUGAAGUUCCUUGUGCCAACAGUACUGGGCAAAGUCAGUGGUUUUUUGACCCGUAUACCCAUCGGUGCAAGAAAUCCAUCAACUGUGUCACAGGAGGCAACGCUUUCAUCUCGAGAUCGGAAUGCAUCUCCAAAUGCCGAGCAGUCGAUGUGUGCGAUGCACCGAGACCAGCGGAGAUUUGCGACAGUGGACAACGAACUGUUUGGUACUACGACAAGUCAAGGGGCGCCUGCGUCAAGGACGUCAACUGUCACAACCGAGGCAACAACUUCCCCAGCCUGAAAGAAUGCCAAAGAGUUUGCAUUAGACGUGUGGCACCAGUGCCAAAGCCCAGCAAGGUGUGCUUCACGUUUCCCCCGACGUACGGCUGCGGUCGACUGGCCGAGAGGUGGGUCUACAACCUCGACUCGAAGAUGUGCGAGCGCAUGUUCGUCUGUCCCAAGUCUGGCAACAGUUUCAUCCGGAGGAGCAACUGCGAAUACAGCUGUCCGUCAGAGUCAUUCUGCAGUUUCCCAAAACCGUUCCUGGAUCCGGCUUGCGCCAACUACCCUCCUGCAAAGCACACCUGGUACUACAACCCAGAAACGCGCGAAUGCCGAUUGGGCGCAGCCUGCCACUUGGCUAGGAGCAACGCCUUCCCCACUCGUCAAAGGUGUAGCCGGAUCUGCAGAAGCCGUGACGUCUGUUUUCGAGCCUCCAAACCCGCCUCUAUGUCCAGGAAAGGAGAAGACCGUGUCAUCUACAAUCCUAUCAAACGGAUAUGCGAGAAGUCACAAGGCUGCGAUUUUCGUGGGAACAAUUCCCCACCAUAG